UUCUGCCCUAAAUCGACUCGUCCUCUCUUCUCCCACCUCCUGCUGCUGCUAACCCGAGCCCUCCUCUUCUCCGUAGCGAACAGAGCGACGACCGGAGCGCAGCAGUGCCUCGCCGGCAAACAGCUUUACCUAUUAGGAGACGGGAUAAGUGUUUGUGGGAGAGCCAAAGAGACAAUGGGGGUUGGAAGGACAGAGUAGGAUGGCUGCACAGCAGACGCAGCAGCAGCAGCAGCCACCGCCUGGUGAUGGCUUCACCUCGCAGUUUGCGGGCAUGUCCAAAGCCCAGCUCUAUGACAUCAUGUCUCAAAUGAAGGCUUUAAUAGAGCAGAAUCAGCAACAGGCAAGGCAGAUACUCAUUGACAACCCUCUCCUGACCCGAUCUCUCUUCCAGGCACAAAUAAUGCUUGGAAUGGUUCAGCCUCCUAAAGUGAUGCCCACUAUCCAACAGCCUUUGUCGCAACCACAACCAGCACAUGUUGGACAGCCGCCAAAUGUUCAAAAUUCUCAGACACCGCCAGUUCAAGUUGGACCACAAGGUGAACCUAGUUCGUCUCAGACACUACCACCAGCUAGACAACAAAAUCCAGCACCACCAGCCAUUUCCGUUCCACCUGCAUCUGUUGCUCCAUCGACCUUCCAGUUGCCAACAAUGCCAUUAGCACUUUCAGCACCACAAACUAAGAGCUUUCCAGUUGUGCAAAUUCCUACAGUACCACCUCCACAAUCUUCCCAGAUUCAGAAUAUAUCUUUACCAGCCCCUGCCGCUCCACAUUACUCAACUCUUCCAUCCCAUAUGCCAAUGGUCCCUGUGCAGCCACAUCAAACUUUGCAGAAUCCUGGAGUAUUCAAUCAGGCUUUGCAACCACCAUUACCUAUGCAGCCUAGACCGGUCGCAAUUCAACCUUUCGCUCAUCAGCUUCACCCACAGAUGGCUCAUUCCCUUGGUUUUCAACCAUCAAGUGCACCUCAACAGCUUUUAUCACAGCCUUUGUUUCAUUCAGGUAUAACCCCUCCAACUUCCUUCAUACAAGGACAGCCACCUCUUCCAAGCCAACCACCACCUCAGCAUAUGUAUCAGGUUGGUUCACAUCUAGGUCCAGACCAUGGCAGUCAAGCUGGCACCCCCCCCAUGCAAGCCGACAGAGGAGCUCUUUGGGCACCUGGUUCCCAUCUUCCAGGACUACCGAUGAUUUCUGGACAGAUGGCCACAGGCACAAGUGGUCAGCCACUUCGUCCGCCACCGGUAAUAGCCCUCUUGACACCAGAAAUGGAGAAAGCAUUGCUUCAGCAAGUUAUGAGCCUUACACCAGAGCAGAUCAAUCUUCUACCACCGGAGCAAAGGAAUCAAGUGCUUCAACUGCAGGAAAUGCUAAGGUAGUGAUAAUAUGGACCUGACCUUCCAUCAAGGGCUUAUGCGUGCAUCUAUCACAGAAUUGCUUCAUACAUGCUGGUUCUGAGUUGACAAUUACGUCACUUGCUGCUUUGGUGUGCUCUCUGACCGAAGAGGCCUAACCCAAGUUGGUAACUCGACAUUGAUGUUGUGAUGGUGGCCAUUAGGGCUGCUUCCGCAUACUACGUUGUCAUCAGCUGCUAUCGACAUUUUAUUAAUAUUUUUUUUUUGGACUUGAAAAUAGUCUCUUCUCUAAAUGUAAAAUUUAUGUCAUUGAACUUGCGACUGUAAUGUUAGCAAUUGAUUAUACAAGUAUAAAUGGUUUGUUUGCUA